UUCUCCACAUUCACUACAAAAAGGUUAUCAACCUGGAGGAAGUGGUGGACAUAUUUUCCAAGAAAGAUGAUGCUGAAUGAGCGAUAGGAGCCUGCAACUUUUUCAACAGCCCUUGUGACGUCAUAACAACGAAGCGUGCUCGUCAACGCCGCGUGCACGAGCAGAGGCUUCCUCAAUCGCCAGCGGGACCAGGAAGUGAAAGUGUACACAUGGAGGGUGUGUCUUUGCCCGUCUCGGUAUGUUUUAUUUUUAAAAACACAGUCCUCCUCUGAUAUAUUCAUGGGCGACUCGGCGAGGACCAAGCGGCGGGAGCAACUCAAGCGCUGGGCGGGUUCCUGCACCGACAAAGCGUCGGCCGUGCCCAGGCGGAGAUGGCGAGGUUAUACCGAGGAAAGAGGAACCGAGGAGCGGGAGGCCGAGCGGCAGGACCUGCCGAGGGAGCAGCCUUGUUUUAGGGAAGAUGAAAGCAGUCCACUCCUCAAGAGACGAAAAAGGGUGAGGUUUGACCGGGCGGCAGAAUUCCUAGCUGCGUGUGCGAGUGGGGACACGGAGGAGGCCCAAGUGAUGCUGAAGGAGGCCAAAGAGAUGACAAGCAGGAACGAGGAGGACGUGCGGGAAAUUAUUAACUGCUCCAACGCAGACGGGAUAACUGCAUUACAUCAGGCCUGUAUCGACGGUAGCAUGGAGAUGGUGUCCUUCCUCUUGGAGCGCAGUGCAAAUGUGAACCAGGUUGACAGCGAGGGGUGGACGCCACUGCAUGUUGCUGCCUCCUGCGGCUAUCGUGAUAUCGCAGAUUUCCUUUUGCGGAACGGCGCCUCUCUCUCUGCCGUCAACUGUGAUGGUGACGUUCCUGUGGACAUCGCUCUGGACGAAAGCACUGAGGCGCUUCUCCAGGACUACACCCUGAGACAAGGUGUGGACUUGGAGGCAGUGAAACGGUUAGAGGAGGAGCAGAUCACAACAGAUGCUCAGACUUGGCUGGCCGAGGGACCACCUGCCGACAUACGACACCACAGGACCGGAGCCACACCUCUCCACGUGGCCGCAGCCAAAGGCUACCUGGAAGCUCUCAAGUUACUGUGCCAAUGCGGACUGGAUGUGUCCGCUAUGGACUGUGACGGAUGGACUCCUCUUCAUGCUGCUGCACAUUGGGGCCAGGGAGACGCCUGUCGCAUUCUAGCAGAACACAUGUGCAACAUGGACGCCCGCAGCAACGCGGGCCAGACGCCAUUGGACGUAGCAGAUGAAAGCGUGGAGGAUCUCCUAGAGGAUUUAGCUCAGAAACAAGCCAAUUGGCGCAACGAGCAGUCCGUACGAGACCGACAAAACCCACAAGGCGCUCCUACUGCAAGUACACAAAAUAAGCGAAGGAGGAGCUCAGUGUGUAGGAUGAGCAGUAAAGACAAGAUGAACUUGCAGGACCAGUCCAAAGAAAGGGGCAUCUCAGGAAGCCUGGAGCUGAGUGAGGACAAGGAGAGCAGCCCCGAGAGCUCCACUUUGUCUAGUCCAGACACUGAAAGUGUGACCGCAUCUGCUGCCAGUCCAGCUGACAAGACCUCAGAGGAGAGAGAUGAGGAGGAGGAAGAGGAGGAGGAGAAGGAGCAAGACAAGGUGAUCCGCACCGCCAGAGUCCAGCCCACCCCUCAUACGCGGGAUGUUACAUCUGAGAGCUCCAGCACACCCACAGCUGAUCGACGCAAGUAUCAGGCUCCAGUCAGAGACGAGGAGUCAGAAUCGCAGAGGAAAGCUCGCUCCCGACUGCUGCGCCAGUCCCGCCGCUCCACUCAGGGUGUGACCUUAACAGACCUGAAGGAAGCAGAGAAGACGGUCUCCAAAGCUUCCGACUUUCUGCCUCGUAACAUUCAGCCUGUCAGCCCCAUCAUUACUCUCACGCCUGCUGAGAGGGAUACAGACCCAGUAAAGCAGGAGUCGGAAGGAGACAAGCGUCUGGGAGUCAAGGACAGGAGGCGCGCCAGGAAGGAAAGGCGCUCUACUGGUGUCAUUCAGCAGGAUGGAGAGAAUGAAGAUGAUGACACUCUUUUGGAUGAUCACAUCAGGAAGUCUGACCUCAAUUCGAGUGGCUUGGGAGACGGUGACUACAGGAUGCUCUACUUCCAGGUACUGCAGCAGAACCUGGCGCUGAAGGACAAGCUGCAGGGGAUGGAACUGCUGCUCAGUCAGAACAAAGUGGAGCUGGAGAGACUCCGACAGAGUCAAGAGAGCACCACGGAGAGGCCCGCCCUGUUGGAGCUGGAGAGAUUUGAGAAGUUCGCCCUCCAGAGGAGAGCAGUGGAACUGGAAGAUGAGCUGAAGGUUCUCGGGGACCUGAAAGCAGACAACCAGCGGCUGAAGGAUGAGAACGCUGCCCUCAUUCGAGUCAUCAGCAAACUGUCCAGAUGAAUCCGGAAGAAACAGAACAUCCAUCGACUUUUUGGACUGUGGCAGAUUUACUGUAAGACAAGCUCAAGCGCACCUUUUUGUGGACUCUUGACAUUCUCUUUUGUAGUCACCGUAUUUUUGUAACUGGAAGAUUUUAAGUCAUUCCCGCUCCUGUUUUGUACAGAAUCUGUGCUAAGAAACUAAAAGCCAUGCAAUUGUUGGGAUCUUAAAAAGGGAGAGGAAAUAAGAAGCGCGGUCCGUGUCCAGGAAAAGACCAAACGUGCCAAAUCCUGCCCGCAUUGAAGCACGUUGAGAGGCCAGCGUUGUUCUUUGGCUUUUCCUGGUAGCGAACCACGUCUGUAAUACGUUCAUCUCAUGUGUACGUUUAACUCGUGUACAAAAAGCCAACUUGGCGGAUCUCAGUAGACGCAUCACAUGGUCACCUUUUAAAGGUUGACUCACGAGAUGAUGUAAUGCUGUGCCUUUUCUGUCAUGAUUCUGUUUUAUGACGGCAAAUGAAUAGUUAACAUGCAGCACCGAGGACCAGUUGUUUCAUUACAGUGGAUACACGAUGACUCUAAACAUCUUUUCAGGAUUAUUAGCAGACAUUUGCAUUUCAAAAUAAGGGAAAAUGAGUGAAAUUCUAGUCUCUCCUCCAGCAACUGCCUGCUGUAGUGCAACUGUGUUAGUUUAUCAGUAGUGGCCUGCUUAAAGUGUAUUUCUGUAAUUGUACCCUUCUGGUUUCCAGGUCUAAAAUGUCUUGCUAAAGAUUAAAGAGCAGCACAGUUCAGCAAAGUCUUUAUUGACCAGUCAGAACGAUCACAAAUGAAGACGUCAUGUACGACCCCACCAGCAUGCCAGUGAUUUCAUAGAAACUGUUACAAAAUGAUGGAAUGUAUGGCGCAGGAAUACAUCGAUUUCACCACCAAAACACAAAAGGCUCUGCAUCCACAUGAUCUGGUACAGUACAUCUUCAUUUACACUUUAGUUUUACUGCUAAUUUUCACAAAUACUGUUGUCUGACUUGAGGUUCGUGGUGUUAUUAAAGUAGGCUGCAGCGUGCUCGCGGCUAAUCCCGACACCGUCGGUUUUCAUCAGCAGCAGUCGGUCAAUAAGUCCAGGAAGUAGAAUUACACAGUGUACUUUGUUCCUGAGUGUGCUAAUGCUGACAGUGUACAGUGUUCCCUCCCUCCAUCGCAGGUGCGUCUCUAGCUCUUCCCUUCUAUCGUCUGUCUGCAUCGCCCAUUGUUUUCGGCCUCCUGAUUGCCUGUAGACUAUUGUCAAUCAAUCUCCGUGCUGUCCUGCCAUGUCUCCUGUGUCAUUGCUAGCUUGCUUGCUAGCCUGUAAAUGAAUCCUCAGUUCGUCUGCAGCAAUGUUUUAACAAGGAGACAAAAACGCUACCGUACAGCGGAAGGGCGCCAGGACGAAAAGGCACAGUCACACGAGUGAAAUAUGUGUGAGUGACAAUCAUUUCUUGUGUUGAUCAUUAAAAUUCAGACAAAGGUUUUAACUUUUUUGAGAUAUUGAGCAAGAGAGAAAUGUGAGAAAAUGUUACUGCCUGUCUGAGAAAGUGUAUAAAGUGUUUUACAGCCUUAAAACAUAUACCUAUCAAAAAUGAAGUUGGCUACUUCACAGAUUUCACUUACUGCGGGUUAUUUUGGGAACCUAUCCCUCACGAUAAACGAGGGAACACUGUAGUGCGCUCCCAAAUCAAUUAUGACGACCGCACAUAUCGGUAUUGGGCGUGCUGAGUGCAACAUCCGUGUACUGACACUUGCUGUACUUGUCAGCGUCAACGCACUUAUGCACUCUAAAUGCUAAGUGUAAGUGUGGAAGUGCACGGAUUGAGACACAGGCUGUACUUAGUUGAAUGUUUUUGUCUUUGUCUUCAGAGUCCAUGGAUGCGUUGACGUCAAGUACGUCAAAAUGCAAGUGGACUGUCAGCACUAACGGCCAAAAUGAGGAGUGUGGGGAGGGACUAAUGUGAAAUAAUGGCGGUCGCGGUGCAAAGUGGUGAACAGAAGAAGAAAAAGCGGGCAAAUAUUUGGAUGUCACAAAGACAAUAAUGGAUUUGGGACAGCACUCCACUCAAAAAGUGUGCCCUCAGGAACUGAAAGUACACAGUGUACUAGAAGUUUGCAUGUUCAUGUUCCAUUUGAGCCUCCUGAAGCUACAACCGUCUUGUGGGGGGUCAUUACAUUAAGGCAAAAGCAUAACACCGACACCCAAAAGAACAAAAUUAAAAAUAUUUGUUGCUGUUUUCGCUAUCAUAGAAGGUGAUAAGGCCUCAAGGCUUCUUUUUCUCUCCAAUUAACAUUCAGUAGGUUAUGACGAGGGGGGGUCCAAAAGGCUGCAUUAACAUUCAGUAAGUUAUGAUGGGGGGGUCCAACAGGGCUGCAGAUAACAGCAAAGUCAGCCCUUCAAGUCCACGCAGGAAGUGACCAUGAUAAGUUGAAAGUAUAAAUAAGGCAGCUUUUCGUUGGCAGGACUUGCAUGAAUGGAAAAAGGAAGAGAAGGCAGACGUUGGUGGUUUGAUGCAAAGGCAGCAAGCAGGUGCACCAGGAAUGGAUGAAGGGUGAACGUGGGGGUGCCGGAUGCGGUGGGGCCUGAUUACCAGUGAACACAGUCACGUGACACAACUACAUAGAAAGGCCAACAACUUGAUUGUACACUUGCUUUUCCACAUGUACUUCAUACCGAGAGGAAGACGGCGUGGUGGUGGUGGUGGGGGAACAAACAAACAUGGCGGCGAUGAAGCGAUGAUGUGAUGCGCUGCUACCGACGCUGCUACUGACGCUCCUGGAAGAGGAAAAAUAAAUUCUCGGGGUGUUGAAUCCAUAUCGUAAACCAACUGUUCAGGCUGUCUAGAAGACGUUUAACCUCUCAUCCUAUCUCGUCUUCAUUUGUCCAUGGUCAAGACUAGGUAGGACAGUCUAGACUACAGAUGCCCUAUCUAGUCUGUCAGCAUGACCUGAGCAACUAACUAGGACCACAAUGUUUUGCCUCUCAUCACAGCAGGCGUCAUUAAAUCAUGCUCAAUGGCUGCAUAAGGACACCUCUAGUCCAGAGCUGUCCUAUCUAGUCUUGAGCAUGAACUGAUGAUGCCUGCACGGGUGAAAGCCCAAACCUUGCGAUCCGAGCUAGUUGCUCAGUUCAUGCUGACAGACUAGACAGGGCAUCUCUAGCCUAUAACUGUCCUAUCUAGUCUUUGACCAUGGACUGAUGGAAGACAAGAUCGCUCAAAGACUAGACAUGACAUCUCUAGCCCAGAGGUGUCCUAUCUGUCUUUGAGCAUGAACUGGAUAAGAGGGAAACGUCUUCUAAGAUAGCUUAGUUGCAGUGGGGAUGGAUCCAUACGAGGACUUGUAGGAAUGAGGAUAUGUGCAGGCAGGAGAAGGACUAUGAGGGCGUUAAGACGACAUAACAAAACACCAGAAGGCUGAAGUGCAGGUUUGGGUGGCGCGCGUGUGGACAGAUGUGACGCUUUCACUCGCCAGCCGCUGAAAUGGCCUGGCUUAGUCUUCCCAGUCUUUCUUGAUGUUGAGAUUCCACUCCCAGAGCAGGUGGAUGUGCUUGUCGUCGUCCAUGAACUUGGAUUUGAUGUUGUACCGGCCUCGGGCCAGCAUGCCCUUUGGGGCCUCCUCUGUCGUGGAAAUAAAUUCGUGCUCUUUGGGGCGGGGCCCGUAGCUGCCCACCAUGUAGGUCGAUUUGUCAACUGUGGCCAAAGACAAAAGGAAGAAGGACUUGCUUACAUGGAGACACAACAGCUUCACCGCAGGAAUCCUCGGUUGUUAACAAAGUUAGCGCUGUAGCUUGCCACCACCAUAAUCCAAAAGUUACCAUAAAAAAUAUUUCUCCACAAAUGGGCUGUUUUUCUGCAGAAAACAUCUCUCAUUCACCCGGAGUCGGUAAAAGUUCUAAAAUAUGUGACAAUAAAAGUAAAAUGUCAACCUUGAA